CGGAUUGAGAGCACAACUCUCCCCUCGAAGCGAGCUCUCGACAAAAGGCAAGACGACGACGAUGGCAGGCGAGGCACGGCGCGAGUUUGACGUGGUGGUAUGGGGCGCGACGGGGUUCACCGGCUCGCUGGUGGCCAAGUACCUGGCGACGUAUCACCCGCCGGGCGGUGGCUCUGGAAGCGUCGGAGCGGCGCUGGCUGGCGCCGAUGAUGCGAGUCGACCGCUGUCGUGGGCGGUUGCUGGGCGGUCGCCAGGCAAGCUCGAGACGCUUGUGAGCGAGCUGGCUGCCAUCAAUCCGGCGUGUGCAAAAGUGCCUGUGGUGAUCGGCGAUGCCACCGACCGCGCCUCGCUCGACGCCAUGGCUGCGCGGACGAGCUGUGUUGCGUCGACGGCCGGUCCGUUCUUCCGCUUCGGCACCGAGCUGGUCCGGGCCUGCGUGGCUGCUGGCACGCAGUACUGCGACAUCACCGGUGAGUCGCCAUGGGUCCGCGCCAUCAUUGAUGAGCUCCAUGAAGAGGCCGAGGCCAACAACGCGCUCAUCGUCUCGUGCUGCGGAUUCGACUCGGUUCCGGCCGAUCUCGGCGUCCACAUGCUUGUCCGGCACGUGCAAGACCACCAUGGGAUCUCGCCCGGGACAGUGACGGCAGGAGUUGGUGUGGCUGGCGGUGCGUCCGGCGGUACCAUUGCGUCGAUCAUCAACCUGAUGGACAACGCCGACCUGCGACUCUUUGCAGACGCCUUUCUUCUCAACCCGCGCGAGAACAAGCCACGGCUCGCCGACCGCGGAAUUGGUGCCGCCUUUGAGGCCGAUCGGAAGGGCGUGGCGUGGGAUCAGCUGCUGGAGACGUGGACCGGCCCGUUUCUCAUGGCCGGCGUCAACACCCGCGUGGUGAGGCGGUCGGCAGCGCUUGCCGAGCAAGCCGGCAAGCCGUACGCACCGGUCUUUCGCUACAACGAGGCCAUGCGGUUCCGCUCGUGGUGGACCGCGAUGAUGGCCACGUCCGUCCUCAGUAUCUUCGGCAUCAUGCUCUACUUCCGGGCGACUCGGUGGCUGCUGAUGAAGAUCAUGCCGUCCCCCGGCCAAGGCCCGUCCGAGGCCAAGCGCGACGCCUCGCACUUUUCCUACAACCUUGCCACUGAGUUGCCUGACGGCACCCGCGUCCGCGCCCGCGUUGCAGGUGGAGAUCCGGGCUAUACUGAGACAUCCAAGAUGAUCGCCGAGGCCGCCAUCGUCCUCUCUCGCUACAAGAGCUCGCUUCCGGUCAGCGGCGGCGUCGUCCCGCCAGCGUAUGCCAUGGGCGAUGUCCUCCGCACUCGCCUUGUCGACGCUGGCAUGACCUUUAAGAUCGUCGACCCGUAGCGCCCCCUCCCUUCUCCUUCUCACAUCAAUCCAAAUCAAAGCAGUUAUCGUCUUGA